AUGGUCAAGAACGCUGUGUACAAGCAGCGGGAGAUCACAAACCAAGACAUGCUCUGGGAGCGCUUCCAAGAGGUCUACCACAAGGUCCUCACCGUCGAGGUCUGCACCUCGCUCAUUUCAUCCAUGCCGCGCCGCAUCAAAGCAGUUUUGGAUGCCCAAGGUGGUUAUACCAAGUAUUGA